UGUCAAUUGUUGGUCGCUUGUUGCAAGGCAGAGUGUUGAGGCAUCCCAUGGGAGCACAUGUUGGAGUGGUAGAGUCGGUCUGGAUGUUACAGCACGUCGCAGACAUUCAUAAACGAGGCAAGGCGGUGACGGUCGACGAAUCAAAUAAACAUGGUAGCGGAAACUCCACCACGACCCUGUUUAAUCUCAUUACCCUCUCGAGCCAAAUACUGCUGUUGGCCUUUUUGUUGUGUCUCGCCUGUCCUGCUGUCCAAACAUACACGUACUCUCCUUCUACACACAUCACCUCAACCCACCCUGAAUACUUGUACCUGUGACACUCUGGAAUCUAGGCUCAAGUAAGCUCGGCGCUCAGCUUACUUAGCCUUCACCAUGUCGACGCCAUCCAAGCAGCCCCCUUCUGCUGCCGCUACUUCUUCUGCCCAGCCCGGCGCUCCUCCUCGUCGUCCUUCUAUGAACCCGCCCAAGACGACACCCUCACGCAGUCCUUCUCGUCCAACAGUACAAACAACGCCUAGUUCAGCUGCAACCCCUUCUCGCGCUAGGUCCGUCCGCACGCCAGUCGGUGGAGCCCCGCCUUCAGCCCGCGCUGCUGUCAAGAAGCCUACGACUUCUACCACCACUUCGCAGACUACCAAAUCAGCCAUGGCCGACGCAAAGGCAGAGACUGCUGCCGUUAUUGACGAUCUGCGUGAGCGUCUGCAAAAGGCAGAGUUGGCUGCCGAGGAGGCCCAGAAGCAAAAUGCUGUCACCCAAGCCCGUCUCGACGAUGCAAACAAGGAGCACAACAACAUUGAAGAGUCUGUUCAUGAGCAACAAGAGCGUUUGGAAGAGUUGGAGAAUGAGAAGAAGGAGAGCAUUCGCCAACGUAGGGAGUUUGAAGCCAUCUAUGAAGCCGAGCGCGCUCAAUCUAUGAAAGAGAAGGAAGAGUUGCAAGUCCGUGAAGAAGAACUUCGCGAGACAAUCCAGAGACUCAAGGAGACGAUGGCUCAGAAAGAGUUGCGUGGUGAGGACGAGAGACGGCAAAGCAUUUCCAGAGCAUCAAGCUACAGAAGCAAUGCCUCUCCAAACCAAGAAGCCGGUCAAUUCGCUCCUCCAUCAUCUCUCCAGCGCAGCGACUCUUCUCGUAGCUCAUCUCGCCUGGUGCUACAGAAAGAUAAGAUUAUUGAAUCGCUACGUUUGGAACUGGCCGAAGCGCAGAUUAAGCUGGUCGAAGUCGAGAAUAUGGGCGGCGGUCGCAUGCAAGAGUUGGAAAAGACACUCAUGGAGACGAGAAUGGCCAACGCCAGACUGAUGGAGGACAAUGAGAGUUUCCAGCUUCUCCUGAGCGAGAAGACCCUGAACGGAGACUUUGCCCACAGCGGCUUGCUGCGUCCUCCUUCAAUCAUGAGCGCUGGGUCCCGUCCCUCUUCUCCCUCGGCCAUGGCCGGGGCUGCGACUCUGGCGGACGAACUCGAGAACGCAAGUGACGACGGUACCGCAGACAACAGACGUUUGCAAGCCGACUUGUCUUCGAUGAGAGAUCAGAACAAGGCCCUGACAUUGUACAUCAACAAUAUCAUUUCCCGCUUGCUACAGCACAAGGAGUUCGAGAACAUCCUCGACAAGACACCAAACCUCAUGUCCGGAGCAGACGACUCAGCAACAACCUCAAAGGCCCUACCAACAAACAAGGAACUGCCACCUCCACCACCGGAGAAAGAUGAACAACCCUCUCUCCUCAAGCGCGCCACCUCAGUCGUUCGUGGUGGUCGCCCGAAACCCAUCGAGACAGCCUCGGAGCCGCAACCCACCUUGAACGAGGACCCCAACACCGCCCCUCGCAUCCCUCUCGCUCGCACACAAUCAAACCGCAUGUCCAUCGGCGGCGCCCCAGCAGCACACCGCCGCUCAAACUCGGAAUUCGGAAACCCCGCCACCCUAGUCAACAACAUGUACCGCGGCCCCUCACCAGGCUCAGGCCCAACAUCACCAUCCCUAGUCCCACCGCGCGGCUCCUCCCUCUUCAGCCCCGUCCUCCCCGUGCCCCCCGCCGCAGCCGCCCGCGUCCCCUCCACCUCCUCAAUCCCCCAAGACGACCGCAGACAAUCCAUGCCCCCGCCCGCCUUACCUUCCACCGGCCCUCGCGACUCCGCCCGCAACAGCGUAUACUCUGAAUCCGGACUCCCCGAUAACAUGAGCACGGUCAGUCCUCCCCGCAGCACUGCAUCCAGUUCGGAAAAACCCACCGGUGCUAUUAUGAGGGGAGCUGGCAUGAGACCGUUGAGAUUGGUGCAGGAAGCCAAAGAGGAAGAAGAAGCCGCGAAGAAAGCCAAACGCGGUAGUUGGAUGGGCUGGUUCGGCAACAACAGGAGCGUGAGCAGUGAAACUGUUCCCAAGGAAUGAUGAGAUGUAUGGUUUGUGCUUUUUUCUGUUUGGGUUAGGCGUUUUCUUGUUUAGAUUGAAAGAGUGGUCUUUGGAUGGAUGCAAUUGUUUACUGGAGAGGAGGUUGAAUGUUCUGCCGCUCUUGUUUGUGCGUUCUGUUCUGCCUUUUGGAUCUUUUCCAAACUGUUACAUAUACCCCCACCUUCAAAUUGUUGGCGGAUAAAGCCAUUUCAUGUC